AAAUAAUUCUCGUUCUUCUUUUUUUUUAACCAAAUCCGUCCAGCUUCCUUCUUCGUUAUCCUGAACCCCUCCACCUCCAAAAGCCCCAACCAAAACCUCGGCGCCCGGCUCCCACCGCACCCUCGCACGCGGCGUCGGAGCCUUGGAGGAGCCGCAUCCAUGGCGUCCAGCUCCCACCCGUGUCGGCUCUUCCCAGGCAUGUCGCCGGCGGUGGUGUCCGGUUCCGUCUCCGCGCCGGCUCCGGCGCGCUCCUGCAAGCCUUCCAAGGUGUCUGCUCGUUUGCUUCACCGGAGGAGGCCGCUGUCCUUGGGGACGCGGCGGGCCAGGAUCAGGUGCGUCAAGGACGACUCGCUCCAUUUCGACCCGUCCAAGAUCGAGCCGCCGCCGUACUCCAGCUACUUCGACUCCACGUCCGGCCAGCUCGAGCCGGCGUCGGGCGCCCGGGCGAGCAUACCCGGGAAGGAGUACUGGCCCGAGGGCACCGCGGCCCGCGUGCGGGCCGCGCGCGCGCCUGCUCCGGUCGGGGAGUCGGCUGGGGCCCCUUCGUUUGGCACGAAGCCAGGGAGCAGGAGGAAAGGAUACAAGGAGCACGUGACGUCAGCGUCAGGAACGGAGGGUGCGCAGACAGACGACGGCGUGGAUGACGACGAGCCUGUUGUGGCCAUUGUAGACUCUGGGGAUGAUGCGUCGGAGGAGCCAAAGGAUUCAGCGGAUGAAUAUGUCAUUUACGAGAUGCCAGAGGAAGAGGAGUUGAGUGAGUAUGACAUGGACAAGAUGAUGGGGCGGCCACAUCCGUUCAUUGACCCGGAUAAGGCGAUGUCGUUAGGGGAGCCCAAAACCAGUGAAGAGCUCUGGUGGAACUGGAGAAGGAAGUCUCAGGAGGAGGAAAUGUGGUCAAGAUGGCAGAGGAGGCGUCCAGAUGUUGACACGGUUUUUGCAAAGGCAAUGGCAGAGACUGGGCAAAUCAAAAUUUUUGGGGACCAGCCUUCACGGACAGAAGCUGCUCUCGCAAAGACAAGAAGACAUUUGUUCAAAGAGGAAAGGUUAGAAGAAGAGCGAAGGAGACUAGAAGAAAUAGGACCGAUAGCAUACUACUCAGAAUGGGUUGAAGCUUAUAAAAACACGGAUACAUCACGCGAAGCCAUACAGAAGCACUUUGAGGAAACUGGUGAAGAUGAGAAUGCUCAACUUAUAAAAAUGUUUCAACACCAGACUGCUGGCGAAUAUCGUAUCAUGAUGGGGACAGAUGUGCGUAUUCAGCGAGAUCCUUUGGCCAUGAGGAUGCGGGAAGAUCAGAUCAAACAGAUUUGGGGCGGUGAUCCUGUCUAUCCAACAAUUAAUUAUGUUCAGGAUCCUGAAGAAGUGAUUGACUACAGAGGUCCAGAAUUUCAUGAGCCUACACCUGAAGUUGUACCUUACCUGAUGGAGCAUGGGAUAAUGAUCACAAAGGAAGAGCUGUAUGCACGUCUGAAUGAAGAGAGAGAUGACGUCAAUCAAGACAUAACGUAUAUUCCUGAAGUCAAAGAUCCUAUGGCUACUGCUGUUGAUAUAGGAGAGCAUUCUUACAAUGAAGAUAGUGAUGAUGAGGAUGAGGAUGUUGACAAAGCUGCUGCACAGCCUGAAUCACUAGAGGACGAGGAAGAUGAUGGGGAUGAUGCUGAGGAAGUAGAAGAGAAAGUGAGCCAAAAUUGGAGUGUUCUAAAGUCUACUGGACAGGUUGAAAAGCCAAAGGAAAAAUCAAAGAAAGGUGAUAUGUCACUAAACGAAGCCAUUGAUGAAUCUGAGAACCUAACUGACUUUCUUAUGGACUUUGAGGAAGACGAGUAACACUCUGGGCAUUUUGCUAUUAUGUGCAUCACGUGGGAGUAAAAGUUCUCGAGUACUUACUUCUGGAGGACCAUAUCCACUUGGGGCGAUGAAGACAACUGGAUGUCCACAAAACUCUACCUGCUCAACUGGACCAAUCAUGUUGGAGAAUGAUAUGGUUGUAUGAGAGAUCAUACGAUGGAAGAUAGCUCCUGCUGCCUGUUUUGAUUGGCAUGUUGCAAUGCUAUCAGAAACAAGAAGUGCAGAUAACAUUCUGGUGCAUCGCUCAAAAAUCGACAGCUAUCUGCAUGCUCAUAGAAGAAACUAGAGAGCCACCUAUCUGGACCGUGCUAACUCUCUGAAGACAAGAAGUGAGUAGCUGAGAAUUAAUAAUUCGUCAUCAAUACGAGCUUAGCCAUUUGGAUGUUGGAACUAUGCUAGCCUGGUUACACCGUAAAUAGGAUGUUUCAACCAGACUUCAGUUACCUUGUUUUUUUUUUACUACGAUAACUUAAUCAGAUAGUCAGCCAGUGUUUUGUCAGUAUGAAAUGGUCUGGUCACGUAAGUUACCAAUGUUCUCGCGGUACAAAAAUAAGUACCAAGCUGGGAUAUGUACCUUGAGUCCAAAGAUUUUGAGGAUAACUUCUGCAGCUAAAUGCGUGAACACAACUUCCAA